AUGUCGUGGACGACGUCAUUUCUUCAGAAGAACUCCAUGUAUCAAAUAUACGGGCCAUCACUUUCUCUCCACCCUUUUGUACUCUAUAUUUCUUGGGCUUGUAGCGGUAGACAGAUUUUGUCUCGGUUAUUCGGCGAUCGCGGUUGGUAA